AAACCAAACGAGGAAAGGAUUAAACUGCUCCCGGCAGUGGCUCAAUUUUUGGGCCCUUGGAUAAAUAAUAAUUUCCGUCGGGGUUGUUUUUCCUGAAUAACUCUUUCACACUGCCCAGUGUUGCUUCAAAUUUAACUUUCCGACAUUUGUCAUGUUUUGUUUGUCUGGUGUUUUGGUUUCCCUGUUGCCGCAUUUAUUCCCCAGAAAGCCAACGGAUGUGAUAACCAAACAGCAAUCAAGGAAAGGCAACGGACAAAACAAGACAUCGCUAACUGGGUACACAAGGAAAAAGUUUAAAAACAAUUUAAUUAAGUAUUUAAAGCUCUAUGCUGUUAUUAAAUAG